AUGGAUAUUAAAAUCAAAGAAAUUGUGCCCUUGAGAGCUGAUGGGCAUAAAACAAAUUUGUCCAAAAAGACUGAUGGGUGUGCGUGUUUUGAUCUGUACAAAGAGGUAGUUCCAUAUGGAGAAGCAUGGUGUUGUCAAAAGUCCAUUAUCAAAGAGAGGAAGGCAUUGAUUGAAAGGAAAGAAGAUUGGUCUGACACUUUGAUCAUUCUACAACACCAACCUGUUUAUACAUUGGGUACUGGCAGUUCAGAAGAGUUCUUGAAUUUUGACAUAAAGGAUCCACCUUUCGAUGUGUAUCGAACCGAGCAUGACGGGGAAGUUACAUAUCAUGGACCAGGCAGGUAA